AUGGUGUCAUUGCAAGAUGUCCGCGCACAUAAAGCAUCCCUGAAGAAUUUGGGACCUGGACUUGUUGCUGUAUUCGUGGGUGGCACCAGCGGCAUCGGGCUGUACACUGCGCGCGAAUUUGUCCGUUAUACAAUCUCCCCACGUGUGUAUCUUGUUGGCCGUAAUGAGGUGGAGGCUAAGCGUACCAUUGACGAGCUACAUUCACUUAACCUGGAUGGCAAGGUGCAGUUUAUCAAGAGCGACGUAUCACUCCUAAAGGGAGUCGAUAAGGCAUGCGACGAGAUACUGCGGACAGCAAACCGAGUGAACCUUUUAUUCUUAAGCUGCGGAAUGAUGUCGACUGGAGGCAGAGAUGCCUGCCAUUAUUACGCUCGCAUGCGCUUCAUCAAUCGGCUUCUUCGUAGACUAGCCCGCGCAGCUGGUGAUGAUUCGAACCCAUCCCUUUCCCGUGUCGUUUCUGUCCUUGGUGCCGGCCAUGAAUCAAAGCUAUAUCUAGAUGAUCUCGACCUGAAGAAAAACUAUAGUGUUAGCAACUGCGCUGGACAAGCGACAAGCAUGACCUCGUUAAUAAUGGGGGAGUUCGCGCGGCGGCAUCCAUCUACAACGUUUAUCCAUGCGUACCCAGGUAUUGUAAAGUCUGGGAUUGCUCGUGGUCUUGGGCCCAUGAUGCGCUACGUGGCUGGAGCUUUGAUGUUUCUAGGACAUCCGUGGAUGGUGCCUCAGCGGGAGAGUGGAGAGCGGAACUUGUUUGCAUCGACCAGUGAGCUCUUCUCACCCGCAGGAAUAUCAGAGUUCCAAGGGGAAAGUAGUACAUCAGCUAUUGGAGCUGAUGGUGUUCGGGGAAGUGGUGCUUAUCUGGUGCAUUGGGACGGGUCCGAGGUUGGAAAGGAGAAGGUUCUCAGGGUGUAUCAGGAGGGUGAUGUAAGUGAGACGGUAUGGGAACAUACUCUGGAAGUGCUCAAUUCAUGUUAG